UUGUUCUAACCUUAGCGUAGCAUUUUCUGUACCUACAGACUAGAAUCGAGAAAAUGGCUGACAUGGAAGCAUUGGAUGCAAUGGGAGAUGAAAUGCCCGAUGAAAAUGGACCGAAUUCUGGUAUGAUGGACGAAGAAAAUGAUGGUAUGCACAUGCAUGAUCAUGUUGAUGAUGACAUGUCGAUGGGUGUGCAUCAUGAUAUGGGAAUGGGACACGAAGAAGACGAAGACAUGGGUAUGGGUGGCGGAAUGAUGUCGAUGGGCAUGAGUAACGAUAUGAUGAUGGGAAUGGGUUCUGAAAAUUCUAGUGAAAUGGAUAUGAGCAUGAUGGAUGGAAUGGCAAAUGAUUUCAAUAAAUUUAACAGAUUUCCAGGGCCACGAGGACGUGGCAAUUUUGUUGGACCAAGAGGACCUGGCGUCCCAGGGCCAAGAGGGAUACCACCAUUUGGAAGACCACCAAUGAAUAGAUUUGGCGGUCCCAUCGGUGGCCCCCCAAGAGGACCUCCUAUGGGUAUGCGAGGACCCCCUAUGGGCAUGCGAGGACCACCAGGCAUGCGAGGCCCACCUAGAGGACCACCAUUUGGCAGACCUCCUUUUGAUCCUAAUUUUGGUCCUCCAGGAAUGGGUCCAAAUCAAGGAAUGCAAGGACCUGGAAUGAAUGGCCCCAUGAUGGGAGGACCACCUGGUAUGGGACCUAGAGGGCCUAAUAUGGGUCCUAAUAUGGGGCCCAGUGGACCUGGUAUGGGUCCAACUGGUAUGCCACCAGGAAUGGGUCCACAAGGAAUGAACAUGAAUUCAAAUAAAAGGCCCAUGAUGCCUCCACCUACCUUUCCACCUCCCAAUUUUUCAAUGCCACCUCCAGGAUUUUCCAAUGGAAUGCCACCUGGUAUGAUGGGUGGAAUGAAUAUGCCACCCCCAAUGCAACACCCUCCUCUUGACCCAACUACGCAAGACAUUUGGAUUGAAACUAAGUCACCAGAGGGCAAGACCUACUACUAUAGUGCUCGCACCAGAGAGGCAGCUUGGAGUAAGCCUGAAAAUGCCAGAAUUGUGACUCAGUCUGAGUGGGAAGCUUAUCAAACUAGUCAGGCUCAAAUGCAAGGUCUACCUGGAGGUCCUUCUACUGCAGCUCAGGCUGCCGUAGCUCAAGCCCAGGCAGCCUCUCAGCAGCUACAGAACACAGAUCAAUCAGGACCACCAAAUGCAGUUCCUCCUCAAACUUUUAAUCCUGGUUUGUUGCCACCUGGAUUCACUAAUCCUUUUAUGCAACAUCAUAUGGCUUCUGGAAAUAUGGACAUGAAAGAUUCAUCUUCUGUACAAAAAAUUCCAUCAGCGCAACUUCCAGCCAAACCACCAGAGGUGAGUGAGUGGACAGAACACAAAAAUACUGAUGGAAAGAGUUAUUACUAUAACUCACGAACGUCUGAGUCUGUUUGGGAAAAGCCUCAAGUUCUUAAAGAUUGGGAAGCAAAACUUGAGCAGUUACAGAAUUCAGGUAGUCAACAAACUACUUUAGCAACACAACAACGACAGCCAGAAGUUUCAAAAGUGGAUACUGCUGAAAGUUCUGAAGAGUCUGAUAAAGAAGACGAAGAGGAAAAAAAAGAAAAACUAGAGGAAAUGACAGAAGAGCAAAAAGCAGCUGAGAAAUCAAGACCUGUUUCUAGUACUCCUGUUCCUGGAACACCUUGGUGUGUUGUUUGGACGGGGGAUGGCCGUUGUUUCUUCUACAAUCCAAGCCAACGACUGUCAGUUUGGGAAAAGCCAGAAGAUCUUCAAAAUCGACCAGAUGUGGAUAAAUUACUGGCCUCAAAGCCUGAUUCUAAAGUUGAGAAAAAGAAGGAGGAGGAAGAAGAUGAACCACCAGCUAAGAAGAAAAAACCUGAACCUGAGCCUAAAGAGGAGAAGAAAGAAUCAGUUCCAAAGCAAAUAGAUGUUGGAAAAGAGGCUGCUAUUGAAGCUGAAGUACAAGCUGCACGACAGAGAGCCAUUGUACCCUUGGAGAUAAGGAUGAAACAGUUCAGAGACAUGCUGGCUGAAAAGGAAGUCUCUGCAUUUUCUACAUGGGAAAAAGAACUUCAUAAAAUUGUGUUUGAUCAGCGCUAUCUCUUACUCACCUCUCGAGAGCGUAAGCAAGUAUUUGAGCAAUAUGUUAAGGAAAGAGCUGAAGAGGAGCGUCGUGAAAAACACAGGAGGAUUAAAGAAAAGAAAGAGGCCUUUAGACAGCUUAUGGAAGAGAGUAAAUUACAUGGAAAGUCAUCAUUCAGUGAUUUUGCUGCUAAAUAUGGAAAAGAUGAACGUUUUAAAAGCAUCGACAAAAUGCGAGAGAGGGAGUCCAUGUUUUUGGAUUUUGUUAGUGAAGUAAGAAAAAGAGAAAAGGAAGAAAAGUCAGUACUAAAAGAAAAGCUGAAGGCAGACUUCUUGAAACUGCUCAAAGAAACAUCAGGAAUUGAACGAAACUCAAGGUGGAGCGACAUUAAAAAGAAAAUUAACAAUGAUCCACGUUACGAAGCAGUUGAUAGUAGUUCUAGAAGAGAGGACUGGUUCAAAGACUAUGUCAAAACUCUAGAUGAGGCUACUUCAGAAGAUGAAGAACGCAGGGAAAGGGAAAAACAAGAGAGAAUAGAAGCUAGCAUCAAGAAAAGAGAAGAGGAAGUCAAACAGUCUUUGUCUUCUUCUUUAAGGGAAAGAGAUAAGGAACGUGAACAGCAUAAAAAGGAUGAAGCUAUUCAACAUUUCAAUGCUCUACUUUCUGAUUUGGUGAGAAAUAAUGAAGUGACUUGGAGAGAUACUCGUAAGCAACUCCGCAAAGAUCAUAGAUGGGAGCUGACUGACUCCUUGGAGCGUGAAGAAAAAGAGAAAUUGUUUGAAGCUCACAUUGAAGGACUUUAUAAAAGAAAUCGUGUCAUGUUCCAUUCCUUGCUGGAUGAAACUGAGAUUUCACUAACAUCUACUUGGAAGGAGGUGAAAAAACAAAUCAAAGAAGAUCCAAGGUACAGCAAGUUUUCCUCCAGUGAUCGUAAACGAGAGAAAGAAUUCACAGAGUAUAUGCAUGAAAAGUUUGUCAAUGCCAAAGCAGAUUUCCGUGAAUUGUUAAGGGAAACAAAAGUCAUUACUUACAAAACUAAAAAAAUUCUUGAAGAAACUGAAGGACAUCUUGAAGAUAUUGAAAAAGUUUUAGAGAAUGACAAGCGUUACCUGACACUAGAGUGUGUGCCAGAAGAGCGUAAAAAGAUAUUGCUUUCUCACAUUGAUGAAUUAGCCCAGAAGGGUCCACCUCCACCACCAACAGCAUCUGCACCUUCCCAUAGAGGAAUCAAAUAAAUGGAGCAUCUUAGGAGCUUUUUGAAAACUUUCUUAAAAUCUUGUUGCCAACAUAAACAAUUUUAAAUAUAUUUUUUCUAGCCAUUUGUGUUGAAUUGAUUGGAUUGAUACUAAAGUGUGAAAUAUUUUAAUGAAUUACAUUCAUGGACAAAUCUUGUUUCCAAAUGUAUAGCCAUAUUUUAAAUAAGGUGACAUACAAUUCUUCCCCACUCCCCCAUUUAUUUUACACAUUUAUUUCUGUAUAGAUUUGUGUUGUUCAUUUCAUGACUAGAACUUGUGUUUGGGUAGGUAUGUGGAACAGUUGUUAAUAUUUAACUUCAUCACUGUGUUUUACGUUUUAUUGAUCUGUCAGACACAUUGGAUGUUUAUGUUGGAGAAAUUUGAAUAAAGCUUUGUUCAAUAUUU